CAGAUAAAAUGGAGAAAAGGACUAGAUUAAAAUGGAGAAAAGGAAAAUGGACAUAAGAUAAUUUUUCAGUGCACCUAAACGCCAAGCAAAGGAGACAGAAAUUUUUGAGGGACAGGUAGAGCAGGGUCAAUCAGAUGUACAGUGUCGGGAGUCAGUCUGUUCUGAGACAGUGAGAGUAGAGGAAGGGGCAGAUUCAGAACCAGGGAGGGAGCCGGAGACAGCAGAACAAAGAGAUGAUAUUGCUAGCACCAGCACAGGGAGCACAGUUUUUCGUUUAGAUCUCAGUGCCUGCACAAAGCCGUACCAGCCACCUCCCCAGUGUAUCGAAAAACAAAUACUUUCAAAUAAGUCAUUGACAUUUCAAGAGAAAUGGUAUCAAGACUUUCCAUGGCUACAUUACAGUCCAUCAGUGAAAGGGGUCUUAUGUUUUUACUGCAGCAAAGGUGUUUCAAACCAGUCCUCUUUAGGCCAUAGACCUGAUACUGCUUUCAUUAGUACAGGCUUUAGAAAUUGGAAGAAAGCCAUCGAAAAAUUUACAUCACACCAGACCUCUCAAGCCCACCAACAUUAUGUGACUGUCACUGCACCUCAGCCAAACCCAAUCAGUGCCCAGUUAUCUAGUGCAUGGCAUAAACAGCAGGAGGUGGCAAGACAUUGCUUGAGGAAAAUUGUUAGCUCCGUGCGGCAUGUGGCAAGGCAAGGACAAUCUUUAAAGAGGCCAUACUGAAGAAAGUGGGAAUCUGUAUCAGCUCAUAAAACUUAGGGCAGAAGAGGAUGAUCCAGUUUUAUUGAAAUGGUUAACAGAUCGUGCCACUGCAUAUGUAAGCCCUAAAUCUCAGAAUGAAAUACUGAACAUUAUGGUCAAUACAAUAAUCCGAGGGAUUGCAAGUGAGAUAAGGUCUCCAGCCCUUGUUCAGUUUUCUGUAAUAGUUGAUGACACCCAGGAUAUUUCUGGUAUUGAGCAGGAAAGUGUCUGUCUGCGCAUGACCUUAUGCCACACGAGGAGUUUAUUGGGUUGUACAGCUUAUCAGAGACAACAGGCCAAGGCAUUGCCAAAAUGGUUACUGAUGUGUUGUUGAGGCUUAAUCUGCCAAUGGCUGCUUUACGUGGGCAAAGUUAUGAUGGUGGCUCCAACAUGGCAGGAAAGUACAGUGGUGCACAGGCAGUAGUGAGGGACCAGCAGCCAUUAGCCCUCCAUGUGCAUUGUGGGGCACAUUGUGUCAAUUUCAUCAUACAGGCUGGCUGCUCGGUCUCCCCAAUGAUCCGGGACUGCCUUUCUUUGGUUCAGUUAGACAUCCUUUUCAACCAGUCAGGAAAAUUUAAGAGAAUCUUUGCAAACAUAGUUACCUCUGAAAAUGAACCCAUCACCACACUGAAACCUCUAUGUCCAACCAGGUGGACUGUGCGUAAUUCUGCUAUAAUAGCUGUGCUAGGGCAGUAUGAGCGGGUCCUUGUUAGUCUAGAAGAGAUGGCAAAAAGUGCAUCUAGGACAGCUUCAACUGCCAGUAGCUUAUUUGAGCACUUUAGUAAAGGUAAGACUGUGUUGGGUCUUACACUUGCUUCUGCUGUUGUUGGAGAACUUGAGUGUCUAAACAUUUCACUGCAAAAGAAGACCCAGACUGUCUCUGGUAUGCAGGAUGCAGUAGAUUGUGUACGAUCCUACCUGCAGGGAAAGAGAAAUGACAAGAGCUAUCUUGAAUUGUUCGAGAAAGCUACAUCAUUGGUAAACUCCAUCGAAUUAGUUGACCCUAUUGAGACAGCAAAUUCAAGGCGUUUUUCUGGCAAAGCAGUGGACCAUUACAGGGCAGAGUUCUUCAAAGUAUUGGAUUGUGUGGAGGUUCAGUUUGGUGAGCAGAGAAUGUGCUUUUGACUGGAUUGUUAACUGAUUCAGUAGAUAAUUACCCCGAGUUGCACAGAGGUACUCUUGCAGUACAGUUGCCUCUCUUUCACCAGAAAUUCUCCUGUAGCAGCAGUAGAGAGGCAGCAGAGGUCGUAAGGGGAAUGCCAGUGGAGGUGCGUGGGUUGUUUGACCAAGUUGAGGUCCUUGUCAGAAUUUUGUUGGUGGUUCCAGUGUCUUCAUGUGAAGCUGAGAGGAGCUUCAGUGCAUUGCGGAGACUAAAGACGUGGCUAAGGGCUACUAUGGGCCAAGACAGACUUAACAGUUUGGUAGUCUGCAAUGUGCACAAAGACAAGCUCGACAACCUUAACAUAAACAACAUAUGCCAAGAGUUUGUGGGGCCCAGUGAUACCAGGAAAUACAAAUUUGGUACUUUUGUUUAGUGUCCAUUCAUUAAUGCAAGUUUGCUUUAAAUUGCAGAUGUUUUU